GCUUUCCAUGCAUUAUUUUUAAAUUAACAUACCUUCAUUGUCUAUUCUAACAGUCGAUUCUUAAUUUCUUUAAUUUCGUUCUUUGACUAAAGCUAACGUGAUUGACUUACGAUGGCUGCAGCCGCAGCAAAUGACGAUUUUAAUAUUAGAUUGGAAAGUAUUGAUAUUGACCAAUUCUACACCGAAGACCAGUUGCAUAAAAGAUAUGGAAUUCCAAGGGAGGAAGUCAAAAUCAAAACGCGUGUUAAAAACUCAUUAAAAGAAACAUUCCAAUGUUCAUGCGAAAAAGUGACUCGAUUUUUUACUACAUUAAUCCCCAUUUUAAGUUGGCUUCCACAAUACAACAUAAAAGAUUCUUUACUUGGAGAUCUUGUUGGUGGAUUUACUGUUGGAAUCGUUCAUUUACCACAAGGAAUGGCAUACGGAAUGUUGGCAUCGUUACCUCCAGUCCAUGGAUUGUAUGUUUCAUUUUUUCCUGUUCUAAUGUACGCGAUACUUGGAACUGUCAGACAGAACUCUAUUGGAACAUUUGCAGUGAUCUGUAUCAUGGUUGGAGAAGUUAUAGACGAGCAUGUUAAAGAAGAAGAUUACUGCGGACCGCAAACAUCAACAACGUCACCGCUGCUGACGACAAUAGGAGUUUCUGAAACUAGCGCAGCAGACAUUAACACCUCGAAACCCGAUUGUGAAGAUUUAUACCUAAGUAGAAAAAUUGAAAUUGCUGCUGCUCUUUGCGUAGCUGUAGGAAUAAUACAGAUUAUAAUGUAUUUGCUUCGUUUGGGAGUUAUCACAACAUAUCUCUCUGAACACUUGGUUUCGGGUUUUACUUGCGGAUCUGCUUUUCAUGUUCUUACUUCCCAAGUAUCGAAACUUGUCGGAAUUACAGUGGAAAAAUAUUCGGGCCCACUAUCUCUCGUAUACACAUACGUAGAUAUAUUUUCAAAUAUUACGGAAAUAAACUGGGCGACGGUGAUAGUGUCAACGAUCUGCAUUAUUGUGUUAAUAAUUGGAAAGGAAAUCAACGCGAAGUUUUAUGACAAACUCCCAAUCCCGAUACCGUGGGAAUUUGCGGUCGUAAUCUUUUCAACUAUUGCUUCAUAUUACGGAUUAUUUUACGGAAAUCAUGAUGUCAUUGUAGUUGGAGACAUCCCAACAGGGUUUCGACUGUCAGUACCAAAAGGCCCCGAUAUUGGAGCAGUGAUGCUGGAAGCAAUACCUAUAGCUAUUGUCAUAUACGCCAUAGAAAUCUCACUCGGAAAAAUGUUUGCAAUGAAGCACGGCUAUGACAUCGAUUCUAAUCAGGAAUUAAUGGCCUUGGGAUCAUCAAAUAUAUUCAGCUCUUUCUUCUCGUGUUUUCCUUGUGCUGCUUCCCUCUCUAGAUCAGUUAUUUGGGACGAAGUUGGCGGAAAGACACAGAUCACUGGAUUUGUUUCAUCUUCAAUAAUAUUGAUAAUUUUACUUUGGCUUGGACCUCUUUUCGAGUCUUUACCACAAGCUGCUCUUGCGGCCAUCAUAGUUGUUAAUCUGAAACGUAUGUUACGACAGUUCGAUAAGAUCAGUGGAUAUUGGAAAGUCUGCAAACUUGAUGCUGUGACGUGGUUGGUCACGUGGUUGAGUGUGGUAUUGUUAGGAGUCGACAUUGGCCUACUCGUGGGAGUUUCAUUCGAGCUUGUCACAGUCGUUUGCAACACACAAAUAGCAAAUGGUUAUGUACUUGGUGAAGUGGAAGAAACUGGCAACUAUAAGAAUGUAAAGAGAUAUCAAACAAAACGAGAAAGCGACAAAAACAUUAUCAUAUUUUCGUAUUCUGGACCUUUAUAUUUUGCUAAUCAUGAAAGAUUCAGAGGUCAACUCAUUGACGCAUUAGGUUUCGAUCCAUCUCGGGAGGUGACGGCAAUUAAAGACCUUCAAGCCAAAGCAGAAAAACGUAGAGAGAAAGAAAAGGCAGACGAGUCGAAACUUGGAGUCGAAAAUAUGGGAUUUACUCUUGAAAAAGGAGAAAAUGUUGUAAUAAACGAUGAGAAUGACAGUGGAAUAAGCACAGUAGCAUUUUCAAGGAAUUCAUUCGAUAACAACAACGCAGACGAAGAGAAGACAAAAGAGGAAGAAGACACGUCGUCGAAUUCUUCCGACGUCAUUUUUGCGUAUGGAAUCACGCACGUCGUUUUGAAUAUGCCAGCAUGUUCUUACGUUGAUAACGAUGGCGCGAAGACAAUAAAAUCUCUUUUUUCAUCCUUGAAAUCACUCGAUAUUCAACUUAUAAUUUCAUCUUGUAAUGACACUGUAAGAAGAGCUUUGAAUCCGUUAUUUGAAACGAGCAAACCACCAUUUUUCCUAUCAUUGGAAGGGGCAGUAUCACACGCAAGAGGAGAAAUUCUACUAAACUUUGACGAACACGGCAAUGUUAUUGGAGAUAUGAAUAUAAAGAGACGGGGAACUAUUUUUUGAAUGAAAUUGGAAUACAAUUAUAUUCUUUUAAAUUUGUACGAUCAUUGUCAAUUGAAAUGUAAUGUGGUUUACUUACUACAAACAAAUUAUUCAUAGAUUUAUAGCUAUGUAUAUUGGGUUUAUGAAAUUCACCAGAAACAAAAAAUGAAGCGACCUCUCAAGGUGUAACAUAAAUCUCUUUCUUUGAGCGUUAUUUUUUUUUAAACUUUUCUCAUUUUUGAUGAAAAUGUUACUUUUAUGUACUAAACGUAUAACCUCCAAUCCGAACGCAAUUAGUCAAUGUCCAUAGUGGGUGCUUAUUAUUUCUAUUUUAGCUUUCACUGUCUUAAUUAAUAAAUUCUAAUUUGCUUUUUGUGCAAAUUUAUAUGUCUCUGUGAUCCUGGGUGCUUUGAAUUCGAUUAUAUGAAGCUUGAUUUCAUUUCUGUGCGGAUUAUCCUGUAUGAUUCUCAUUCUGCAUAUUGUAGAAUUAAUUAUAGUCAAAAUUAAAAUAUAGUUAGAUAUAUCGUACUCUUGGGUCAUCGAUCACUGUACUUUAAAUGCAGUUGUGACAGAAUUAUUUCUUCGUUAUUGAAAUAAAUUUCUCAUUGCAGAAGAAAACAUAAAAA